UGUUUUUACAAGUCGACGAGAAUGGAGGCUACUUUACAGACAUUUAUGCAUCGCAACUCCUGAUUUAAUAUGAAGUAUAGGCGAAUUCCAGCAUUACUUACCGUCGGCACAAUGCCUGACUUUGUCGGCGACUUCUAACGGUUGUUCAGAGCAGUUUGUAGAGCUUCGGGUCAUCGUAGUUUGCCCGAGAUCUUUGGAGAUCAUGGAGAAAGUGGAGGUGUUUGAGGUUGUGAAAGUGACUGAGGAGGUGGAGAGCUACUACAGUCAAAUGGAGGUCCCUAUUCCAAAAAAGAGGAAGAGCAAAGCUCAAGAAGACAGUGUUGAGAAACCUAAGAAGCCUAGGUCUGCCUACCUGCUAUACUACUUUGAUGUUCAUCAGAUUAUGCAAAAGGAAAUCCCGAAUCUACCACAGUCAGAGAUCAACAAGAGAAUCAGCGAGAGCUGGAAAAGGCUCAGCGUAGCUGAGAAAGGCUACUAUCUGGAGAAGGCCAAGUCGGAGAAAGAGGGCACCGACACUUCGUCUCUCAACCCCUCCAAAGACCUGCCAGGCUUCCGCAAAAUCCUCCCCAGAGCCAGUUACUUUCUCUUGUCCAAAGGCUCCUCAAAUCAGCAGCUGGGAGGCUCACAGUCAGAGGUGAGCUUGGAGACUCUGGACUCUCCAGUGGAGGGAGGCCUGCCUUCCGUCUCUCUCCCCCAAGAGCCCCAGUUCACACCUCUUGAGUUGGACAGCGAGGCGGAGCUUUCUGAGCAGCCCAUUGAUGUCGACGACAUAGCAGAGGAAACAGAAGUGGCGUCUAAUCCCACAGACCCUCAAGGCAUCCCUCGCUGCUCAUCCUCCUCUGUCUCAUGCAAAGCCCCGUCCUCUCCAGACGCCCACGUCUCACAGGGCUCUGGUGGCCUUACAGCAAAUGGGGUCCCUCUGAAAGGAAAGGAGACCAGAGUUACUGGUAGUGGUUAUGGUGGGGCGAUGGUGCAGCAGAUACAGGGGGAAACGACACAUGUGGUUUCCAUCGUACCCACACAGAACCUGCUGGGGCCCAAGUCUUUGCCAGGUGCCAGCUCUGUGGGCCCAGUGAUGAUGGUCUCUGUAGGAGCCAGCACAGAACAAAGUGCCAAACCUUCCUAUAAAAUGUCUGUUAAGACAUACACCCGAAGAGGUCGAGGGAGGUGUCUAAACCCUGGAUGUUUGUUUGUGUAUGUCACCCGCCACAAGCCACCAAAGUGUCCUGAAUGUGGGAGCCACUUGGGUGGAAAAUGGAUACCUGCUGCGAAGAAGACUCAAGAGAAAGAACCUGCGCCCAAGCAAUUGCCCCAGAAAGCUGAAACCAAGACUAAUGAAAGCUGCCAAGCCACACCUCCCCUGGCAGAUGUCCAUGAAACAAACGCUGCUGGGAGCAAAAAAGUAGGGCAAGUUCAACAGCGCUCCAGAAAGCAGCAUGCAGUUCCAGCUGCUAAGCCACCAGAGGGCAGCAGCACCAAGGAGCAGGAAAAAACAAAUAGACGGAUGAAAGUCUGUCUUCAGAGCACGACGGUCCACGGUCAAGACCGAAGCAAUGCUACACUUCAAAAGAGGCCCGUGAGACCCAUCCUUCCUGCCUACUACAACACAGGCCGUGCUAUGUUCCAGAUCAUAACUGUCCCACCUGAUAAAAUAAAGUUUCAGAGCGCAAGCGACAAUAAUUCAUCCACUGUGCCGAGAGAGAGUUUGUCAGGUCUCAAACCCAGCACUUUAAAGCAGCUCGGCCAGACGGUCCCGACAAAGCAGGACUCUUCGGUCCCCGCAGGUGGAAGCCAGCCCAUGUCUUCAUUGGUUGAUAAGGGAGUGAAUAUCCUGUCAUUCGUGCCUUUCAAACAACACACCGUUUCCAGCUUUGAUUUGGGACUGUCGACAGCUCGAGGAAGGGGUCGAUGUAAGAACCCGUCCUGUGACUAUAUGUACAAGAACAGACACAAACCUGCAGUGUGCCCUAAAUGUGGCUGUGAGCUGACUCAGAGGAACGCCAAGGGAACAAAGUCUGAGACUCUGCUCGAUCCGUACCAGACCCUGAGUCCUGCUCAGAAGGACAUCCAGCGCCAAAAUACCCUGCAGUUACUGCACCGUUCCCUGCAGAUUCCUGAGAGCGAGGCUGAGCUUCAGGAAACCUUGAACCUCAUCCAGGAGCUCAACAGUCUCCAGAUUGUCUUGGUUCAACCAUGUGGACAGGAGCACGAGGACAGCUUGGAGACGGAGACAGAGACGCUGGUAGAGUCUGGGUGGCCUCAGUUCUAUGAGUCAGCAGCAACUCACUGUGGCUUGUGUAACUAUCCUCUCUUCAAAGGAGGUCAGAGUACCGUCGCAGGACAAGAGGAUGGCUGGCUGCUGACUGAGACGCUGAUCCAGACAGCCACUAUUCAGCUCAAGGUGUGUCUCAACGUCCAGUGUCUGGCUCUGCACAGCUUCACCGACCUACAUCCAGGUUUGUUCAACAUUGGGAACAGACUGCUAGUAAGCAUCGACCUGUUUCUUAAGAUCAGGACCUGUAUCAAACAGGGCCAAGCCCCCCCCCAGGCAGCCAGGACCAUACUGGACCACAACCCCAAUCACCCUGUCCACUCUCUGAGUCCAGAGGAGACGUCUCAAAUUCAAGAGCUUCUCCUGAGUGGCUACUGGGCCUUUGAGUGUCUGACAGUGCGCGAUUACAACGACAUGAUCUGCGGCAUUUGUGGUGUUGCCCCCAAACUGGAGAUUGCACAGCGAUACACAAGCAACGUGCUGGAGCUAAAGAAUGUGGAGUUUACUUGGCCUGAGUUUUCAGUCUCGGAUGAGGUACACGUGGACGACUUCUGGCUGACCAUGGAAAGUGAGGCUAUCGAGCAAGCGACUUUCCCCUCGGAGAUCCCCAUCACACGAGUGGAUGCUUCUAUCAUCGCUCCCUUCAUUCCCCCACUGAUGAGAAGUCCCACUGUCAUCAACACAGAGAAGGACAAGGUCCCGUCACACACGGAGCCGCCCUCAGGAGAUCCAUCAGCUUUGGUGCGCCUCAUUCAUGAUGGUCAGCUGAGACUCGACAAGGUCGAAGAUCACAGUGAGGACGAGCUGAGAACAAUGCUGGACUGCUGUGCGGCGAGCAUCACCCCGGACUCCACUAAGAAUGAACUGCUGGCGUCCCUGAUCUCCUUGUACACACUCGUUCACGGUGGCCUCUCCACGGCCCCACAACCCCCUGCACACCUCACCGCUGGCAAGCUGUGCAAGGUCUGCCCCCACAAGGUAGUGUGCGGCUCUAAGUACUUGGUGAGAGGAGAGACGGCUCGAGACCACGUAGACCUGCUACUGUCCUCCCGCUACUGGCCCCCAGUCUACGUCAGUGACUGUGCCCGUCAGGUGGCGCUCUGUGCUGACAUGCAGUACCCAGAACAGGCAACCCAGAUGUGGGGCAGGAACCAGGGCUGCUUCUCCGACCCUUUCGAAAAGCCAGAGUUUGUGUCGUGUGCUGAGCUACAAGAGCAGCCGUACAGCGCUGACCUUUCGUCGGUGGCAGAGAACCAGCAGGUCCACCCCAUCACCAAAUCAUCUAGUUGCUGGCUGGUUCAUCCUCCCGAAGCAGCCCAGGAGCCUCCUGCUCUUCCGUCAGAGCACCACUCAAUGGACCUCUGCAGAGAUCUGGAGCCCUACGUCCACCUGAUGGCUGAGCUGGAGAAAGAGGAGGAUGACGAGGGUGAAGAACGGAAAGCUGAGGAUGACUCCGCGGAGAACUCGGAGGACUGUUACUCGGUCAGCCGCGCGCGGCACCAACCUGCGGUUUUCGACAACACGGCUUAUUACUACAUUUACAACCGUCUGGUAGAUUUCCUCACCAGCAGAGACAUCGUGAGCCAGCAGAUCAACCAAGUGGUAAAGGCCUGCCAACCAGGGGAGGUCGUGAUCAGGGAUGCUCUGUACCGACUGGGAGUGGCACAGAUCAACACGGAGAAAGAGGAAGAUGAAGGAAGUGGAGUGGAGGGACAGACACAAGAGGUAGGGACAGAGACAUAUGAGGUGGAGCUUCCUGAAUAGAAAUGUUCAGGAUGGACAAUCAACAUGCAGGCAGAGGGCUGGCCGGAAUGUAAAGAUGGCUGCAUGCAAAGACGCAGAAGCAAGUGCUACCAGAAGGAGCCAAGAAUUUGGAGGCGACACGGUGCUAUCCUGAAUUCAGUGUUGGAGAUUACUUUCUCUUGAACUAGCCUGUACAACAGAACAGUUAAUGAGCUUCACAGUGUGUUUCUGAUGUGUGGAAAUAUGCUGAGAAGAAUAAUCAGUCCUGUUUACUCUGAAUAUACGAACAGAAAAAGUACAGGUGGCAUGGUGGUAUUCUUAACCAUCUUAAACUACGGAAACAGUGAGUGUGAGAGUUAAUAAAAGUCAAGAUGAUGGAGACUGAAUGUCAAAAAUUAUUCUUUCAAAUGACUAAAGGAAUGUAACAAUAUCUUGUGUUUUUUACCACUAAGGUGUGAAGAGUUAAAAGAAGUGAAGGUGAUUUUAACAGGAUUUUAAUGACUCUUCUAAUUCAAGCCUGAAUGUAUUUAUUGUUUAAUUAACCAUGAAUACAGUACGUUGUAUUUAUUUCCCUUUUAUGUCCAGAAACAUUUCUGCUCUCACCUCUCCCCUCCCACUUGACAUUUGCUUUUGAGAAGUGAGGAUGAAUGUGUCAUAACGUGCCGAUGGACCUCGUGGCCGUUUCCAUCUCAAUGGAGAUCCAUUUAAGGACGCAUACAACUGAUAGUUUUGAUUCCUGUCAACCGAUCGACAGUCAGCCUUUGAGAAUGAAUUGAAGAUAUUUUAGUAGAUCGGCCUGCAUGAGUUGCUUCAGAGAGAUUAUUUUUUGUCACCAAUGCUUUGCUUAACAAUUCAAAUUAAUUAUGGGCUAAUCAGACUUUCAUGAAGCAUUGAAGUUGGCCCAAGCAUUGCUAUAUAGUAUAUAUAGCAUUGCUAAAACACAUAACAUUAAUAUAUAUUGAGGAGUAAUAUUUCUGUGAUUUAACAGAGAUGAAGCUUCUCUGAACUGGGCUUUGACCACAAAUACUAUUUUAUAAGUCGACCGAAGUGGUGGACUGUGGAGAGAGUCUCGACCUCAUGUAGGCUACUACGAACACAGCAACAGUGAGGGUUUUGCAUCCAUGUAUGUUCAUCAGAACUACCUGCCAGAGUAACUAUCCUCAUUCCAGUCAUGUGGUAUGAAGAGAGGCUUCAAACGUCUUCAAAGUCAAAGCCCCAAAUUGUGUUAAAAGUAUGAAAGAGUUAAUGUAUUUUCUUUUUUUAUUUUAAGCGUCAACUUCCUGAAUAACCCUUUUUGCAACUUCACACCGCUUCGAAUUUUUAUUUGUUUUGUUCCCUCACGCAGCCUUGUCAGGAUUGUAGAUGCACUGGACUUCUGUAUAAAGUGCUCAGGGGACUUCGACUCCACAAAGGUUCAAAAAUAAAUAUUGUGUCUUUUUUUUAUUCAAUAACGGCUGUUCUUUGCUGAAUAAUGUGUUGCAAACAAAAUCAGCUUUAAGUAUGAUUCAAUGCUUUGGUGGUGCUUACCACCACCGUAACCAGCUUAACCGUCUAUUUUCAUAAUGAGUACUCUGACUUUAAGUUUUUUUAAAUACUCAAGUACAUUUUUUUUUCUUUCUAUUUACUGAAAGUAUGGGAAGAACUUACUUGAUGUAAAAAAAAUAUCAACAGGUCUGCUUAAUUGAAUUUAUAUCAUUCUAAUUAAAGUUAACAACCAACAAAACACAGACAUUUGCUGUUUAAAUCUUCACUUAUUAUAUAGCAGUACAGUUGAGCUCAUGAUUUAUGCUUUACAUUCCUGAAAAACAGAAAAUGUUUCAAACUAUAACAAAAAUCUUUUUGAGGAGAAACGUCAACAUGAAGCCCAAGAAUAUGUGUCGGUGCUGUUGCUAAUAAGAUCUUUGAAAUGAUGUGGACAAAAUGCCACAGUUAUGAGAAAUAAUUAAUUCUGAGGCAACUAAAGGAAAUGAUAGAGGAGGAUACUGGCAGAGCAACAAAGGCACUGUGGAGAUUAUUAUGCUUUACUCAAACUUUGUCAUAUCUCAGUUUCUUGGUGGACAACUGAACAAAGACUGUUGUUAAAAAUGUAACAUAGAAUGUUUGGCACCCCAUAAAGUGUCUAAAAGUGGUGGGUUACUUCAAAACAAAUAUGAUUUUAGCUGAAACCACACAACGGAGAAAACGCAUUUGUACUUUCUGUAGUCUGAGCGGUGGGAUGACUACUUCCCUACAAAGAUGUCAGAGUUGCAAUGUUGACAGAUACUGUGAGAAUUGUUCCAGAGGAAAUGCAAAUUGGACAUUCUCCAAUAAAAAAAAGGGAAGUAAGAAGAGAUAAACAUAAAGGCAGCACAGUUUAUAUCAGCUCAGUGAGGUACAACAAAGAAAAACUCGAAAUAUCUGGCACCACAUCUUAAUCUCGUCGUAUAUAUAAAAACUUUA